CAGCCCGACGGUUUGAUGCCGUCUGAUAAAACCAUCGGUGGUGGGGACGACUCCUUCAACACCUUCUUCAGCGAGACUGGUGCCGGGAAACAUGUCCCUAGGGCUGUCUUUGUCGAUCUGGAACCCACAGUUAUUGACGAGGUCCGUACCGGAACUUACCGCCAGCUGUUCCACCCCGAACAACUGAUAACCGGCAAGGAGGACGCCGCUAACAACUAUGCCCGUGGUCACUACACCGUGGGCAAAGAACUGGUGGACCUUGUCCUGGACAGGAUUCGCAAACUGGCUGACCAGUGCACUGGGCUUCAAGGGUUCUUCCUGUUCCACAGCUUCGGUGGAGGUACCGGGUCCGGCUUCACCGCUCUUCUCAUGGAACGUCUCAGCGUCGACUAUGGCAAGAAGUCCAAGCUGGAGUUCGCUGUCUAUCCGGCACCCCAGGUUUCAACUGCUGUGGUUGAGCCCUACAACUCCAUCCUGACCACCCAUACCACCCUGGAGCAUUCCGACUGCGCCUUCAUGGUCGACAAUGAGGCCAUCUACGACAUCUGUCGCCGUAACCUCGACAUCGAACGUCCUACCUACACCAACCUGAACCGUCUUAUUGGUCAGAUCGUCAGCUCCAUCACGGCCUCACUCCGAUUUGACGGUGCCCUGAACGUCGACUUGACCGAGUUCCAGACCAACUUGGUGCCGUACCCUCGUAUUCAUUUCCCAUUGGCUACAUACGCCCCCGUUAUCUCCGCUGAGAAGGCUUACCACGAGCAGCUGUCGGUAGCGGAGGUGACAAACGCCUGUUUCGAGCCAGCCAACCAGAUGGUGAAAUGCGACCCACGUCACGGUAAAUACAUGGCCUGUUGCAUGUUGUACAGAGGUGACGUCGUGCCCAAAGACGUCAACGCCGCCAUUGCUACCAUCAAAACCAAGAGAACCAUCCAGUUCGUCGACUGGUGUCCCACUGGUUUCAAGGUCGGCAUCAACUACCAGCCUCCAACCGUCGUCCCUGGUGGUGACUUAGCCAAGGUCCAGAGAGCAGUGUGCAUGUUGAGCAACACGACGGCUAUUGCUGAGGCCUGGGCUCGUCUUGACCACAAGUUUGAUUUGAUGUACGCCAAACGUGCCUUUGUCCACUGGUACGUGGGAGAGGGCAUGGAGGAGGGUGAGUUCUCUGAGGCUCGUGAGGAUUUGGCCGCUCUGGAAAAAGACUACGAGGAGGUUGGAGUGGACUCCGUUGAGGGCGAGGGCGAAGAAGAAGGCGAUGAAUAUUAA